AUGUCUUCAUCAACUUUCUAUACUCAGGAUACUUUUCCAUCUACUUUUAUUAGUAGCUGGGCCUACCAAGAGCCUCAUACGCAAUACGAGUCUGACCUCUCUACCUUGAUUGACCCUGCACUCGGAGACACGGACCUUUCAGGCCUUGAAGCAGAUAUUCUUCCACUCUCGGCUUCUGUUGAAACUACACACCUGCUGGAAGGAGGCUACACCGUUCAGAAAGACAUUGACGGUCUGUCGAAGAGAAUCGUCAACUUGGAAAAGGUCCUACUAAACAACGACAUUUGUCUCGCGGAUGUCGCUACGGAGGUUGCCGACCAGGGACGCUGCUUAUCCCAGGCAAGCCAGAAGAUCGACAGUAUGGCAGAGAAGCUCAGUGGACUGGCCAAAACCGUCGAUCAGCUUAUUUCCACGGUGAACGGCCUGGCGACGACUACGGGAGAGCUUGUUGAGAGUGAACAACAUGCUAUGGAAAAGUUUAGAAGACUGGUGGGGGAUCUCGGGGGACCUCCCACGAGUACCUCUCAUACGGCGAGAAGGAAUGGAGCUGCGGACAUAACGCCCUAA